AUGAAUUUUGCCUGCAUUACCUGCCUUCAAACAUGGCCUUCUUGGAGGUCUCGCGAUCAGCAUGUGGCUGCCAAGUCCCACCGGGCUCCUCAGUUCGAAUGCGACACAUGCGACCGUUAUUGCAAAAGCCAACAAGCCAUUGAGCAGCACAUGACUGCGCUGAACCACUGGGCGGAUUCAUCUUCCGACGGACCCGAAUACUACUGCGACUACGACUCUUGCUCUGAGGUUUUAGAUGACGAGGAUGCACUUAGGGAGCAUGACAUCAAGAUGCAUCGCAACAGCAAAGUGCAUCGGGGUAAAAACGCAUCCUGUCUUUUUUGCCACAGUUUAUACGUGACGGUGGCUGGCGUUUUUCAUCACCUGGAGCAGGGGGGAUGCGAAAAAGCGCCGUUGACUCGACUUGGAGUUUAUCAAGUGGUCAAAAGGCGUGAUCCAAACUGCGUGCUUGCGAAACGACUGCUAGAGUGGACUGUGCAGGUUAGCUUGGAAGCCACUGCAGAAUCUUGGGAUCCCGUCACUGAGACCUUGAACUGCUCCCUGUGCAGCGGUCGCUUUGCAGACCUGGAGUCGUUAAAUCAACACCUCAAAUCGCCCAAACACCAACAGAACCUCUAUCACUGCCCGAAACCCGGCUGUCGUAGGGAGUUCAGCACUUUAGCAGCCGUAACUUCGCAUCUGGAGAGUGAAAGUUGCAAUUUCAUGACCUUCGAGGCUGUUCAGGAGACUGCGGCACGAAUCUUCAACCCCGGACGCAUGAUCAGCCUUUAG